AGGGUGUGUUGUUUGGGGUCUUUUUUGUGUAUAGCACAUUGGAAUGAUGUUCCUUUGGGAAGGGCGGGGAUCCUUGACUCCAGGCUCACUCCAUCUCAGUGCAGGAAGUCAGAGCGCAGGGCUGCCUCAAAAAUUUCCAAAAGUUCAAAGCGCUUCUUGCCUGGCCAACAUGAAGCAAGCAGCUUUUUGGAAUACUCUGGAAUAUACCUGCCGACUUCUGGGAAUCUCCACUGGAGCAGUGCUCAUUGGCGUUGGCACAGACACACUGCUUCUGGGUCAGUUCAAGAGCCUGGCUGUCUACUUGCUUGUUUCAGGGAUAGCCGUUUCCGUGUGCGAAGCAGCAUACUUUGCGGGCCUGCUCUUGACCGCUUGUUGCACCCCCAAGAUGGGAUCUGGGAUGCACACUUGUUGGAAACACGCCAGACGUCGGGGGGCCUUCCAGAAGUUCCUGAUGUAUGUGUUGCUCUCGGUAGCCUGCUUCCUGCAUCCUGUCAUAGUUUGGCACGUCACUAUCCCAGGCACGAUGCUGGUGGUCACCGGCUUCACCUACUUCCUGCUCAGUAAGCAACAGAAAGAAACUAGAGCGCCUGGAGAAGAGCAAUACACAGAUUCCCAAAGCGCAGCUGUAGCCAUGACGGAUGCAGGCGCCGCCGAGCAAACCUACACCUUCCCCAGGGGAGCACCUCGAGGAGGGCAACGCAACUCCCUUCUUGGGUCUCUGAGGAGCUUCUUCAAAAGCUGCAAGAAACUGGACACCGCCGAGGCCUCUUCGAGCUCGCCACCCACAAGGAGGCAGGUGCACUUUGAAGAGAAGGUGGUGAACAUCAUUCUUUCUGUCAAAGAAAGCCCAGAAGAACAGGAGAGCUUGGCUGAGGAAACCACAUCGGACAUGGCUCCCAUCCUUCCGCCCCAGCUGUGACACAGCCUACAGCGGAGACAGCAACAGCAAGAACCUGCUGCCUCUAGGAUUAGGCAUGCUUCUCUAUGAUUCUAGUGUUUGCCGCAGAGACACCUGGAGGCAACUUGUAGAAUAAACCUCCCAUCUUUGGGUUAGGCCAAUGAGAGCAGCCAAGAACUUUCGUUGGUUGAAGCUGAUGGACAGGGAUGAAGUCCCCAGUCAUCCCCAUCCUGUACUCCCAAGUCCAUUCUUCUCCACUUUUAUUGAAGGAGAGAUUUUCCUGUUGUUGUUUUUUGUUGCUUCCUUGUUGUUAGCUGUUUGGUUACUACCAUAAGACUUCACAGUGUCCAAUCUGUGGAAUGGAGCCAGGACUAUGUUGCAGAAAAGAGUGAACACAGGGACACGGAGACUGAGAGGGACAUAGACCAGGCAACAGCUCACAUUUUGUCUCAGUGUCCCUCCAUGAAUUGUCUAGAAUCUGACAUACAUAAACGUGUUUUAUUUUAUUUUUUUAAUAAACGUGUUUCAAUUGAGCAUUGUGGCUUACAAGGCCCCAGAGGGGUAGCAUAAACUCCCCUUUCCAAUUUUUCUUCAGUGUUCGCAAGAAUUCCUAAAGGAAGGAGGGAAAUAAAAAACCUCAUAGCCCACCAGGCUAUUUUGGGCCUGAAGUUGUCUCUACCUUGCUCCCCUUGACUGUGCUCUGCCAGCAGUAAAAGAAAACAGCUAGCAAAAGACUUCCAAGUGUCCCUGUUUUCUAGAGACAGUCUCGGAUUUACAGAAGUUGUCCCGGUUUCUGAUUUGAUCCCGAAAUGUCCCACUUUUCCCUAGGGAUUUCAUCGGAGAAAUGUUGGAGGGGUAUGGAGUUAUGCGACCCCUGAGCCAAAGAGAUAGGUAACUAUACAACCUUUAGAAGAGAUCUGAAGGCCGUCCUAUAGUGGGGAACCUUUUAAUGUUUAAUGUUUUAUUA